GCUUCGCCACCUGGAUGUAAGCAUCCUCUAUGGCUUCGAGUAUCUGGGCCUUGCUCCGCGUUUGGUGAUCACUCCCGAGACGGAUCGCUGCUGGCUUACUAUGACGCAGGCCUUUGCCAACGGGCAGAUCGCCAACAUCUAUGGCGGCUCAGGCCACGGGAAACGCCACAUCGCCAAGGACUUGUCCAUGGAAGCCGGCGUGUACUGCCCCGCUUUGACUUGCAGCUCCUUUACUACGGCAGCCGACCUGUUCCGAGUGAUGGUGGGCAUCGCCGGCCACGGCAGCUGCUGGGUCAUCCUCUGCUCGGCGGACUCACUCCGGUCGGCUGUCCUGGAUGUUCUGGUCGAGCUCUUCCAUCGGCUCCAGAAGGUCUUGCAAAACGCCCAG